AUGGAGUAUGUCCUCACUUGUAUCUGGUCAGUUCCCAAUAGCUCAAAAGUUGACUGUAUUUCCAGUUUUUCUUCCAAGUCUGCCUUUAAAUCAUGUGACCCUUCCUCUCCUAAAGGCUGCAGCAGGAGUUCCUCCACCCUCCACCGCAUCAUUGGGGGCAUCGACACCCAAGAAGGGGGUUGGCCUUGGCAAGUCAGCCUCCACUUUGUCGGAUCUGCCUACUGCGGGGCCUCAGUCAUCUCCAGGGAGUGGCUUCUCUCCGCUGCCCACUGUUUCCAUGGAAACAGGCUGUCUGACCCCACACCGUGGACCGCACACCUUGGGAUGUAUGUGCAGGGGACUGCCAAGUUCGUCUCCCCAGUGAGAAGAAUUGUGGUCCACGAGUACUAUAACAGCCAGACCUUUGACUACGAUAUUGCCUUGCUGCAGCUCAGUACCGCCUGGCCCGAGACCCUGAAACAGCUCAUUCAGCCGAUAUGCAUUCCUCCCACUGGCCAGAAAGUGCGAGGCGGAGAGAAGUGCUGGGUGACCGGCUGGGGGCGGAGGCACGAGGCAGACAAUAAAGGCUCCCUUGUUUUGCAGCAAGCAGAGGUAGAGCUCAUUGACCAAACCCUCUGUGUUUCCACCUAUGGGAUCAUCACUUCAAGGAUGCUCUGUGCAGGAGUCCUGUCAGGCAAGAGAGACGCCUGCAGAGGAGAUUCGGGCGGACCUUUAUCUUGUCGAAGAAAAAGUGAUGGAAAAUGGAUUUUGACUGGCAUUGUUAGCUGGGGACAUGGCUGUGGAAGACCAAACUUUCCUGGUGUUUACACAAGGGUGUCAAAAUUUGUUCCCUGGAUUCAUAAAUAUGUCCCUUCUCUUUUGUAACUGCACAAGUUUGAUUUUUGACUGUGUUUUAUGUGAUAGAUUCUUUCAAAAAAAUGCAGUAAUUAUCAAUAAAAUGGGACACAAUUUUUUUUUCUUCUGAAA